AUGAUGAAAUGGGGCCUUGUUCUGGCCGGGCUUGGUGAUUUGGCGCGUCCUGCAGACAAGCUUUCCGUCUCCCAGAACACGGCGCUGGCUCUCACUGGCAUGAUCUGGGUGCGCUACUGCUUCGUCAUCACCCCCGUCAACUACUCCCUGGCUGCUGUGAACUUUUUCGUGGGAACAACGGGCUUAGUUCAGCUUGCCCGCGUUGCUCAGUACGUGAAAUUCGCUUAUCCGUAG